AUGUCUGACUCAAGAAAAAAGCUGGCUCUGGCCAUUAUCGACUUCCUCAACACCUCCCUCAAGGACGGCACCCUGCAAUCAGAUGACGCCGAAUCUAUCGAGAUCGCAACCUCCUGCAUCGCUGAAGCUUUCCAUGUCGAUGCCAAUGACAAGACCGCCAUGACCGCUGCUCUGGGAGGUCAGAACCUCCUCAGUAUUUACGGUGUCUAUGAGAAGCUGAAGGGCAAGAGCACUGCCAGCACCGAAGGCCCCAGCAGCGCUCAGGAAGGCCGCCCUGCCACCCCCACCGGUUCCACCAAGGGCGCCAACGAGAAGUCGAACGCUCCUACCAGUGAAUCCGAGUCGCUCAAGGCUCAGGGCAACGCCGCCAUGCAGAAGAAGGACUACGCUACCGCCAUCGACUACUACACCAAGGCUCUUGAGAUCGCCCCUUUGAACACCAUCUACCUCUCGAACCGUGCCGCUGCCUACUCUGGUGCUAGCCAGCACGAAUUCGCCAAGAACGACGCUGAGCUCGCUACUGCUGCCGACCCCAAGUACACCAAGGCCUGGAGCAGACUUGGGCUCGCCCGCUUCGCUCUCGGAGAUGCCCAGGGAAGCAUGGAAGCUUACAAGGCCGGCAUUGACGCUGAAGGCAAUGGAGGUAGCGAUGCUAUGAAGCGUGGCUACGAGACUGCCAAGAGAAGAGUCGAAGAGGAGGGCGGUCUCACUGAGGAAUCUUCCCGUGGUGCCCCUGGCGGUGGUGCUGGCGGUAUGCCUGACCUCUCGGCUCUCGCUGGCAUGUUCGGUGGUGGUGGUGCAGGAGGUGCUGGCGGUCAGGGUGGCGGCAUGCCCGACUUUGCUAGUCUGAUGCAGAACCCCAUGAUGCAGCAGAUGGCCCAGAACCUUAUGAAGGAUCCCAACAUGAUGAACAACCUCAUGAGCAACCCUCGUGUGAGAGAGAUGGCCGACAGAUUUGGUGGCGGUGGUGCCGGUGGUGCCGGCGGUGCUGGCGGUGCCGGUGGCCAAGGUGGUGGCAUGCCCGAUCUUUCGUCUUUGAUGAACGACCCCAGCAUUGCUGAGAUGGCAAAGAACUUCAUGGGAGGUGCUGGCGGUGCCGGCGGCGCAGGCCGUGGUGGCAGAUAA